AUGGGCUCUGUACCUCAGUUGGAUGUGAUAGCUUUUAUAGGCCAAUAUACGUGGACACUAAUAGUUUUGUGUAGCAUCUACGCCAUAGUGGUGAAUGAAGGUUUGGGGGGGUGGCAACGAAUGAUGGGGGUGCGCCACGCAUUUGUAUCCGGGCCCUCGGAUAUUACCGGCCGGGGCGGUGGUUAUCCUGCCGCAGAAGUUGUUAGGGAUAUGUGUGCUUAA